UCCCCUCCUGCCAGUCGGAUCCAUUCCAUUCCUCUGUCACUCUCUCUCCCCCCCACCCUCUGCGUCUUUUGCUUUUUGGCUGUGAUGGGGCCCUGUGACUCUGCAUAUCCUGCAUGCUGCACCUCUGCGACUUGUUAUUAUUAAAUCUUCACGAAGCAGCAAAUCCUUUCCUCACUUUCGUGCUUCAGUUUUCCAUUUCCACACUCGAAAUCUCCUCCUCCUUUUUUCCUCUCUUUAACGGCCUCUCUUUCUCUGUAGUCACCCUUUAAAUCUUAGUGUUUGAUCAUGGCUGAUAAUUUGGAUGACGGUGAGUUCUGGCUGCCACCGCAGAUCCUCGUGGACGACGACUUUGCCAUGGAGAAGAAUAGCUGUUUCGGCAAGGCAAAGAACGACGAUGCUGAUCCUUUCCAGAACGUGUUUCCUUCCGAGUACCCCUUCGGAAAUGUGUUCACCGGAGUUCCUUCUAACUUCAGUUCUCCGGUUGAGUCUGUGGUAGGCUCAAGCGAAACGGAGAGUGAUGAGGAAGAGCACAUGGCCGAGUUAACCCGUCGUAUGGCUCAUUCCACCCUUGAUUUUGAUCUGGACUUUGCUUCCAAUCUUAAGAAAUCCAAGGCUACGUUUUUAUCUGGUUCGCCUCAAUCCACUCUUUGCGCAUUUGGGAGUGAGUGUGGAUACCGGAAAGGUUCUUCUAGCCAUGGUAGUCCCAAUAGUGCUUCCCAGGCAUCAUCUCCCAGGGCAACGUGGGAUCUACUACGCGCAGCCGCCUGGGAAGUGGAGAGGAUGAAGAUGAAUGAAGAUGGCUAUGAUUUCAACCAUCGAGGGCUAUUGGGUCCUCCUUCCGGAAAGCCCUCUCCCGUGAUCUUGCCUGUGAAGAGCUCCAAUCCUGAUGUAGGAUUUUACAACCAAUCGUCGCUUUCUCACCAGCAAUUGCAGAUAGCCCAAUUCCAGAUGCUGAGGCAGCAACAGAUGGCAAAGGCGGCUUCCGGAAGUGGGUUUAACCAACAGAGGCAAAUCAAGCAAACGGUCUCAAACAGAGGAGUGAGGAGUAGCGAGGCUCUUGUUGGCGGCAGAAACGCUGGUCGGCAUGUGGGCUUGUCUUCAUCUGUAUGGCCUCCUCUUCAGGCGAAGCAGCAGCAGAUUGGGUCUGGAAUGAGAGCCGUUUUUCUUGAAAACCCUAACGGAAAAAGGGAAUGUGCCGGAACUGGCGUCUUCUUGCCUCGUCGAGUUGACAAGCCUGCGGAGUCAAGAAGGAAGCCAGCUUGUUCGACGGUGCUUGUUCCUGCUAGAGUUAUACAGGCCCUGAAUCUAAAGUUUGAGAUUGGAAGCCAGCCUCAAUAUCAGCCUCGUGUAAAUGGAUGUUACCCCAUGGACAGUGAUGGCCGUGUUUCAUAUGUUCGAAAUGACCAUAACCUUUCUCAACAGAGUCGUUACCUCCGGCCACAGCAGCGACCAGUGAACAAUGAAAUCCGUCUCCCUCCGGAGUGGUCUUAUUAAUCUGAACUGAACCGUUACCAGUGCUUUGCUUAGGAACUUUAAUUUUUGAUUAGGUUUUUCUAAAGGAGAAUAGUGUUAUAGAGAAGAAAUAGGGUGGUUUGGCAGGGAAGUUAAAGGAGAAGCAGUUAUUUUCGAAGAAGGCGUGUUUUUUUUUUUUUUUGGAUUAUUAGCCAUAGAAGCAAGCAAGGAAAUGAAAAGGGCAAAAUAAAGGGGUCCCUGCUUAAAGCCGGAUGAAUGAUGAGCACAGCAGUAGAUGCAGUGAUAGCAGUAACUUUUGUUCGUUUUGAUGGGCUCGGGGCACAGUCAAAAGGUAAAAGACAAAAGCAAUGGAUGGUAGAGUAUGUAUAACUUCUGCCUUGUUUUGUUGUGCGGAUAAUAAACAAGAUCGGCAAGUCAAGUCAAUGAAGAAAGAUAAAGCCGAAUAGGAUUUAAGUAAAGCUUUAGCAAAUUUCUGAUGGGGGAUUUAUUUGUCAUUAAAAUACUUCCCCUUUAUAUUGUAUCCCAGUGGAAUUGGUGACACCAGAAUUUGAAGUAUGUCAGCAAUUUCAGAUUCCAAUCCUGUUCCGCCCAUUACUUAUCCUAUUAUAUUAGUAAUAAUAAAUUAUUUGGGUUUUAUCA